AUGUCGUCCCCAGCUGUCGCCGCCGCUCGCGCUGCGCUUUCCACCAUUGAUUUGUCCAAGUACGACGCCGAACAGUCAAGGCUCAUGGACGAGCGCUGCAUCCUUGUAGAUGAACAGGAUUGCGCUCUGGGGGCUGCUGAUAAGAAGACUUGUCACUUGAUGGAGAAUAUCAACAAGGGUCUCCUCCACCGCGCGUUCUCCGCGUUCGUGUUCAGGCCGUCAGAUGGAAAGCUCCUCCUGCAGCAACGCGCCACAGAAAAGAUCACUUUCCCGGACAUGUGGACGAAUACUUGCUGCUCCCAUCCACUGGAUGACUUUGAAGAAGAGAAGAUCGAGAAGGAGCAGCUUGGUGUGAGGGUCGCUGCCUCGCGAAAAUUGGAGCAUGAGCUUGGCAUCCCUAAGACUCAGACGCCAGUCGACCAGUUCCAAUACUUGACGCGCAUACACUACUUGGCACCUUCCAAUGGGCUCUGGGGUGAACACGAGGUUGACUACAUCUUGUUCUUGACCGCGGACGUCACGGUUACUCCCAACCUGAACGAGAUCCGCGACUCCAAGUAUGUGGACAAGGCUGAAUUACAGGCUAUGUUCGACAAUCCAGCCAACUCAUUCACUCCUUGGUUCAAGCUCAUCGCUCGUGAUUUCCUCUUCGGAUGGUGGGACGAACUGAUCGCCCGUAAGGACGCGAACGGCAAGAUCUCUGCGAAGAGUCUUGCGGGAAUAGUGGAUGGAUCUAACGUAGUCAAGAUGGUAUAA